GGAAGGCCACUCUCAGUCAGUCUGGUGAAUCUGGUCUGCUCGACGCGCACCGAUAUCCGAACGUAAGGACUGAGCCGAAGAUAGUUUCCGUUUAGUUUUUAGUUUACUCCAUCAACGCCCCGAAAAUGGGGAGGAUACGGGAGUCGUCGACGCAAAACAGGCUGCUUGCUGCCGUCCUAGUCGUGUCCAGCCUAGUCCCUGCUGCCGUAACUGGACCUGUGAUGGGAGCGCAAUCCAGUUAUUACCAACCACCCGCAUACGAGCCUACAUACCAGCCGUCGUAUGAACCGGCGUACUCAGCUCCGAGCUAUGAGCCCAGUUACACCCCCUCCUACCAGCCUCCUAGUUAUGAGCCAAGCUAUUCUCCACCAGCUUACCAACCCAGCUAUAGCCCUGCUCCAUCUUAUCAGCCGAGCUACAGUCCUCCAGCGUACAGCCCAGCGCCAACAUACUACAGCCCCCCAAGUUACAGUCCACCAUCGUAUCAGGCGCCAAGUUAUGAGCCAAGCUACAGCCCCCCGGUUUAUCAACCAAGCUAUUCCCCACCAGCUUAUCAGCCCUCUUACGAGCCGAGCUAUACGCCUCCUUCAUACGAACCGAGCUAUCAGCCCUCUUAUCAACCAAGCUAUCAGCCGUCUUACCAACCAAGCUAUGAGCCUAGCUACCCGGUCAGCUACCCUACACCCAGCUAUUCUCCACCGAGUUAUCAGCCAAGUUAUCAACCCAGCUACAGCUACCAACCAUCUUAUUCUCCCAAGCCAACGUACUACCAAGAGUACGAUAAUUACGAUGCCAUCACUUACAAGGAGUUGAAUGUAUCGAUUCAUUGCGGGGUCGUUCCGGCCACGAAUGAUGACUUCUAUCAAGCCUCGAAGGAUAUCGCACCGUUCGGCAAAUACCCAUGGGUGGUUCAAAUCACGGAUGAAUACAAUAACUUUGUCUGUCAAGGGGUCAAAAUUCACAAAUCAUUCGUUCUCACGGAUCGCUCCUGCAUCUACGGGUCGACGGAUAAAUAUCGCGUUCGGAUCGACGACUGGGAUGUGCUCUCCAACUACAACGAGUACGAGCCCUACAGAAACACUGAGUUUAGGAUCUGCGACUCCUUCCCGGUGUCAUAUGAUUACGCAUCAUCCUCGUACAGCUAUGGCGGCUCGGACUCCAAACUACUUGUUCUCCAGAUUAAUCAAGGAAACCUUAUCAACGACAAGUACCCUGCACAUAGACACAUUUGUCUUCCAACCUACUACCAACAAUACUAUUCACCACCAGCUUACAGUCCACCAAGUUAUAGCCCUCCUGCUUAUCAACCAAGCUACUCUCCACCAGCUUAUCAACCUCCUAGUUAUGAGCCUUCAUAUCAGCCAAGCUAUCAGCCCAGCUAUUCUCCUCCCUCUUACCAACCGAGGUACCGACGACAAGCGGGACAAGGUGGGUACGGUUACCAACCGCCAAGCUACACUCCAAGCUACUCCCCACCAAGCUACUCCCCACCAAGCUACACUCCAAGCUACUCUCCACCAAGCUAUCAGCCCAGCUAUAGCUACCAACCGAGCUAUGCACCCCCUGCUUAUUCGGAAUGUUGGGUCGUCGGAUGGUACGGAUCACAGGCUACUCAACUUCAAAAUCAUCCCCCUGCAACUGAACAACAAGAAUCUUCCUACCCUGCCCAGCAAUACGGAGGAUACGGGUACCAACCACCAAGCUAUACGCCAGCCUACCAGAAACCCCAGUACUACCAGGAAUACUACGGCUACUAUGACCAAUCCAAGGUCGAGCGACGCGCCAAGGUCAAGGAGAUCAAGUGCCCAUCAUACGGUUAUGGCUACCAACAACCAAAGUCACAGUCCUACGGAUACGGGUACAAGUCAUAUCAGGAUGAAGACGUCUGCUUCGUCGGUGUGGACGGUUACGAUGCCUGCGUUGCUGACAAGGGGGCUGCUAUCUUCUGCCUGGUUCCCGAGAAAUACGGAUACGAAGCUGGGUACAACAAUUACGAAAGUUACCAGUCUUCUUAUGGCUAUGGGUACAGUCCAAAUACAUACUAUGCGACUUAUCCUGGCUAUCAGAGCAGUUAUUACCAGAAGGAUAUUACCGCCAACCAAGCUCAGCCCAAACAGUACCGUCAACGCGCAGUACUGUACGCCAUCGUCCACAAAGCAACGACCUGCUCCAAAUAUCCUGAACCCUCGUACGGCUAUGGCUAUCAGAAACAAGACUACCAAUCCAAUCCGAUAACGGCGACCAAGGUAUCGUACCAGGUGGUGGAUGCGAUUGAAGAUCUGUUCUGGCAAAAUGUGAUUGACGAGUCCUGCCCUGCGCCCAAGACUUACUAUCCUGAGCCCAAUGUGCAGUACCAAGCCAGUUAUCAACCAGCUUAUCAGCCACCAAGCUAUCAACCAAGUUACCAACCAUCUUAUCAGCCACCAAGCUAUCAACCAGCUUAUCAGCCACCUAGCUACGAACCAAGCUACCAGCCUGCGUACCAGCCCAGCUACUCUCCACCAGCUUACCAGCCGCCAAGUUACGAGCCAUCCUACAGCCCCCCGGCUUAUCAACCAAGCUACUCUCCACCAGCUUACCAGGCGCCAAACUAUGAGCCAAGCUACAGCCCUCCAGCUUAUCAACCAAGCUACUCUCCACCAGCUUAUCAACCGAGUUAUAGUCCACCAUCGUACCAGCCGCUGAGCUACGAGCCUACCUAUCAGCCAAGCUAUCAGCCCAGCUACUCACCACCAGCUUAUCAACCUAGCUAUGAACCAAGCUACUCACCACCAGCUUAUCAACCAAGCUACUCACCACCGGCUUAUCAACCAAGCUACCAACCUCCAGCCUACGAGCCCCCACCAUACUCUGGUUAAUAUUUACCUGAUUAAUUAGGUUUAUUCCUCGGUUUUAUUUCUUGUCGUCGCAGGUUGAUGUUUUGAUUUGCUGUAUAGUUUACCUUUAUUCCAUUCGAGCUUUAAUCCUAAAUUCUCGAUCUGCCAGUCACCUUACAAUCUGACUCUAUAAAUUAGUUACUUUCACCACUCGUAACUCUAACCAGAUUAUUAAUACGUCUUCAUACUUGUUAUCUCAUUGAUAACUACGUUGUUAUAAAAAUCGAAAAAAAAUUUAGAAAAUUGAUUGAUUCUUGUUGGAAUAAAUAUUUAUUGGUUUUCACUUAA